AGACGCAAUUUCGUGCAUCUAUUUGCUCUCUCCUUUAUCCACUUUAAUUCUUUUUAUCAGCCCAUUCUCCAUUUCAUAGAUCCACAAAUUGAUAAUUUCUUUCAAUGCACAAAGAAUGUACGUAAAAGUUAAGUUGGAAACGCAAAGUCUGAAAUCGCCACAAAAGAAAACAAAUUAUUUUCCUAUUGACGACGACUCCACAUUAGCAGCGCUAAAGAGGAGAAUCGAACAAUAUGUAAACGUGCCCGCAGAUCACCAGGAAAUUCGUUCAAUAGCAGAAUCAUUUGACAGCAGGGAUUCGACUUUUAUCAAAGAUGUUUGUGAUUUACAAAGUUCAUCGACCCUAUUGCUAUAUUCCUAUGACAAUCUGAGCAUAUACGAUGAGCCCCGUUUCGUUUGCUUUCUACAAAUAAUCAGCGAUAAAAUGGCGUUGCAACAACAAGAAAUGGAGGAAAAGGUUGUUAAAUCAGCUAAAAAAGUUACAGCCGCCAGGGAAUUGAAAGCCACAGACACUCUUAUAAUUGAUUCUGAAUCAACCAGUUCUAGUGAAUAUUCUGAAAGCGAAACCAGUGACACAGAAUCGGAUAGUUCUUCGGAGGGAGAAUGUAAGAAGCGUCAAAAGUUAUUUAAGACGAUAAAUCACCCAAAAAGGCAGAAGCCGUCUACGGCCGAAAAUAAUCUUUCACCAACUUUAUGCAAAUAUCUUGAAGAAUUUCCGAACUGCGAAAGUUCAAACAAAGAAAGCACACGUCUUUGUAGAAAUGAAUCUUCGGACGCGUAUUCAAAGGGUAAUGCUAUUCUGCAAGAAACCGAACAAAGUUCGACCCAAGAUGUUGUUAAUAAAAUUGAAUGUGCCACAAAACCUCCAUAUUUAGAAACCCCAAAAACUUCGAAAUUGUCUAGCAAAGUUGAUCAUGCAUCAUCUCCAUCAAUUCAGUCACGAGUAACUUCUACAACUACCGAUAGUAAAAAUCCCUGCCGUAACCUGCACCCCGAAUACCGUCAAUAUAUGGUAGUUACAUCAAACAAUGACGGUGACAUCAAUGAGACAGAGUGCGAGGCAUUCCUGAAAUGGUUUUUUGACAGAUUUCGUCUUUGUGACACCUUAGAUAAACUGCAAUUCGGUAAUGAACCCAUAACACUCCACAACGGGAAGUUGUGGAUUUCUUGUUGGAAUGAGACCACAUUCAAUUGGAUAAUGCUCAAUGUAAACGAAUAUCCUAAAAAUUUUGAUAUUGCAACGUUGAAGGAAGAAAUUCUUUGUGAGGUAGUUAUACCUAUGGCAUCGAAUGACAAAAACUUGCUCGAUAUCUUCGAUCUGUUGGAGAAACAAAAUUUAAAUUUGUGCACAACAAAGUGGUGUGUAAUAGAUCGUAAACUACUUGACAGCGGUCCUUCAAAUGCAGCAGUAUGCCGGAACGAACUCUUUAAAAUACAUAUUGAUUCGGAGAGCAAAGAGAUGCUGCAAAAGUUCAAUUUAAAACUUAAAUAUUUUUUCUGGCAAAUAACAUUUAAGUUUUUAAAUAUAUAGUUUACAUAGAUAUUAUGUAAAAAGUUUUAACUUAAAGUAUGUUUAUAUAUAAAAUCUCUACCCGGAUUAACCCUGAUAAUUGAUCAUUCACAAUAAAUUUAAUGUAUAUUUUCUACGGUCAAACUUCUUGUGAUAGGUCAAUUGUCAUGGUUAAUCCGGGUAGAGACUUUUACUGAUCAAUUAUCUCUGUUAACAUAGGUUAUAUGUAAACGCUCUAUUAUAUUAUUAAAUAUAAUUUGCAUAAAUCUGAAGUGUUUGAAAUCAA